UCAAACCCCACAGAGUUACCCAACCCAAAACCCUCCUCCUAUUUUUUUCUUUGAGCGUCCCCUUUUCUUACGAUUUCUCUCGACGAUGUCGUUGGAUAUGGCAGAUAACUACCUUCACGUACAAGAAAUAGAUUUCGAGGACCCUGAUGACGAGUACUACCCCGGUAUCUUCUACUCCAUUGAUGUCCAAGCCAGGUUCACGUUUUUUCCCGACGAUGACGACGAUAAUGUAAUGGCGGCGAUGGAGAGGUUGAAAACAGAUAUCUACGAGAUCGAAGCCGAGGAUUUGACUAAAACUUUCUUACAGAACAUGUUUCAGUCCAUGGACGUGCCCGUAGACGAACGCAUGAUCGAGAAGGUUUUGGCGUGCGCUAACAGGAUGGCUCAGAGUGACCGCUACGGCCACCGCCAGGUGCGGCGGAUGCAAGUGAAGGUUGAAAUGUUUGUGAAGGAUCCGCGGUCGACUGUGAGAGGUGUGGAGAUGGGGUAAAACUGUUGAGUGGUUAGAGAUGCUAGGGUAUGGUUUUUCAAUUUCUUUUCUUAAUUGGAAUUUAGUGUCAUAAUCAUUGAAAGUUUUCUUAAUUUGAAGCCUUUUUUUAGAUGCAAAAGUUUGGUUCUUUAUCCGUAAUUCAGAAAUUUGAAUUGUCUCAAAUAAGUGAAUUAUAUCGUUCUUGAUAUGGAAUUUGGUGGUAAUGUUAGUGAUUUAUUAUUAUUAUUAUUUUUUUUUUCAAUAAUGUUAGUGCUGUUUG